AAGAAUUUUGAACCUGAAUGCGCCGUUAUUUUAGCAACGACUGUGUUGCUUUUUCAGCUCCGACCAGCACGGCAACAAAACACAUUUAACUCCAAAUAUGGACGAGUUUUUUAAGAAAAAACUGCACGAAAACAGCUGCAACUACAAAAAAGCACUGGAUCGAAUCAUAGACAAGUAUUCGAAGAUUCAAGAUCAAGACAAAGUUAUGGAGGUGGACCUCGCUACCAUAGAAGACAAGACGCUUGCACGUUACUUGAGCUGCGCAAAAGUAAAGAUGAACAAGCAGAUACCAAAGAGCCAGGCAGAUUCGACAGUUGAGUCAGUAAGUGCACUGGAUCUUACAAAAAACUCUCAGUUGGACUUCACAUAUCAAGAUGAUGAAGUUGAUGAGUCUGGUGUAUCAACAAGCCAAUCGUUUGGUGAUGAUGAUGGGAUUUCCCAAAGUGACAUGACUCAGCUGACUGGGAGCUCAUUGGAGAGUGAGCGAAACAUUUCUGAGACGGAGCUUCAGCCAGAGGACCUAGACGAGGAACUGGAACAAAGUCUGAGAAGUCAGGGCAGCUCUUUUGUGGAGCUCUACCCCAGCAUGAUUAGUCGAAUAGAAAGGGCCUGGCAUCGGCAAAAUGUGUCAGAGGCUGCUGACUCAGUGCUGAGGAGGUACCACAGAUGGCGGAAGCAGGCAAACAAAAGCAAUAUCAACAACACCUCUGUCACACUGAAGCACACCAGCAGCAAGCCAAGAAAGAGGAGCAGCAAGAUGCUGCUCUGGGGUAAAAGCCCAGAGAAAAGGCAGCUCAUUGGGAUUGAAUCUGCCUCUCGCUCUCCUUUCCAGUUGUCGGCCAAUUUGCAGGCUUUGCAAGCAGAGCAGCCAUGUCCUGAAAGGAAAAGAAGCUCACCAAGGAGACAACAGCACCAGCACAUUGUUGCAAUGGAUCUGUCUGCACCGUUAAAAACCUCUAAACCAUGUCCGACAUUCACUAUGUCUGAAUUAUCACACCUGGGAGAACAGUCUUGUACUUAUGCUGCUGCUCCUUCACAGCCUUGUUAUCAAACUGCAAAAACUUCCUCGGACCAAUCUCUUCAGUCUAAAAGGCUUUCUCUCUCUGGAUAUCCAGAGCAGGCUACUGAUUGUUCCACAUAUGCACCAGAAGACACACCUUUUCAGGACAGACAUGAUAUCUACAGCUCCUCAGUUAGGCAAAGUCCCUUGAAAAAGAGGAUGAUGCACAGCCUCAGUAAAUCACCUCAUGCUUUUUCCAGAAGCCCCAAAGAUUAUGUGGAAAGCUUCUCCAGAGAGUCUCCAAGGCCCAGAUCAGUGUCUACUUCUCUAUCUUCCCCUCCACAAAAGUUACUUAGGAUGUGUCACCUUCAAAACACCCAUCUCCCCCGCCCAUCACAGCCGCAGUCACCCAAGCCAGCCACAGCAGGUCAAGAUGAUGAAGUUGAUGAGGCUGGUGUAUCAACAAGCCAAUAUGUUGGUGAUGAUGAUGAGACUUCCAAAAGUGACAUGACUCAGCUGACUGGGAGCUCAUUGGAUGAGAGCAAACGAAACAUUUCUGAGACAGAGCUUCAGCCUGAGGACCUUGACCAGGAACUGGAACGGAGUCUGAGAAAUCAGGGCAGCUCUUUUGUGGAGCUCUACCCCAGCAUGAUUAGUCGAAUAGAAAGGGACAGGCAUCGACAAAAUGUGUCAGAGGCUGCUGACUCAGUGCUGAGGAGGUACCACAGAUGGCAGAAGCAGGCAAACAAAAGCAAUAUCAACAACACUUCUGUCACACUGAAGCACACCAGCAGCGAGCUAAAAAUGAGGAGCAGCAAGAUGCUGCUCGGGGGUAAAAGCCCAGAGAAAAGGCGGUUCAUUGGGAUUGAAUCUGUCUCUCGCUCUCCUUUCCAGUUGUCGACCAAUUUGCAGGCUUUGCAAACAGAGCAGCCAUGUCCUGAAAGGAAGAGAGACUCGCCGAGGAGACAACAGCACCAGCAAGUGUUUGCAAUGGAUCUGUCUGGACAGUUAAAGACCUCUAAACCUAAAGAGGUCUCACUGAAUCAGACAUUCACUGUGUCUGAAUUAUCUCACCUGGGAGAACAGUCUUGUACUUAUGCUGCCGCUCCUUCACAGCCUUGUUAUCCAACUGCAAAAACGUCCUCCGACCAGUCUCUUCGGUCUAAAAGGCUUUCUCUCUCUGGAUAUCCAGAGCAGGCUACUGAUUGUUCCAUGUAUGCACCAGAAGACACACCUUUUCAAGACAGACCUGAUAUCUACAGCUCCCCAGUUAGGCAAAGUCCCUUAAAAAUGAGGAUAAUGCACAGCCUCAGUAAAUCACCUCAUGCUUUUUCCAGAAGCCCCAAAGAUUACGUGGAGAGCUUCUCCAGAGAGUCUCCAAGGCCCCGAUCAGUGUCUACGUCUCUAUCUUCCCCUCCACAAAGGCUGCUUAGGAUGCAUCACCUUCAAAACACCCAUCUCGCCCGCCCAUCACAGCUGCAGUCACUCAAGCCAGCCACAGCAGGUCGUCCCCGGCUCCAGCGGCACCUUUCCUUUGACUCCUCCCUGCCCUCCAACCACGUCUCCCACUCACCAAAGAAGCUUGACGAGGAACUCGUCAAACUCUACCACAAGUUUGUUUGCCAGAGCAAAUCUUCUCCCUUUAAUGGUUUUCCUUGUCGUGUCUGUGUAAGACCCCCCGAGGUCAGCAGCGGUUGCUCUUCGUCAGCUCUGGCAGCUCUGGCUUUGUCACCUCACCGCUCCAUUUUGAGGAAACGACACAGGAAUUCAGGUUGUGAUGACCAUCCUCUGUCCAAACGCUCCAGGUCAGAGUGCUGUACAUCCUCGCCAGGUUCCAAACGCUAUAGGAAUGAACUGCUGAGGUCUCAUGACGACCUGUACCACAGCUUUAGUAAACGCAGCAUGUUUAACAAAUUCAACAGUCAACAGCCCUCAGCUUAUGCCAGGAUGACUGGGCCUACAGCUGCACCUGAGUUCUCUGGUCUUGGUUAGCCUCCUGUGUAACAUUUUCAUUCCUAACUUGUAAUUACUGCUGUUCUAUUAAUUACUACUAAUAACGUAUUUGUAAUAGGAUUCUCACUUGAGAGCAGCAUUAAAAAAUGGCUAUUA